AGAAAAGCAAAACAAGUGACUGACAUGCUGUCUUGACGAGAUCGCUGAACGAUUUCUGGAUCGGUGCUGUCUGAUCAUUCAUUUGAGUGAGUCAGUUCUUUGACAUUGAUACGAGUGUUAUCGAUCAUCAUGGGUCGAUCAUCAAAAGAUAAACGAGACGUGUAUUAUCGCUUGGCCAAGGAAGAAGGCUGGAGAGCAAGAAGUGCUUUCAAACUACUGCAGAUAAAUGAAGAUUUCAAUAUUUUUCAGGAUGUCACAAGAGUUGUGGAUCUUUGUGCUGCACCCGGCAGCUGGAGUCAGGUGUUGUCACGGAAACUCAGAGAUAAAGUCCAGAACAAGUCUGAUGUGAAAAUAGUGGCGGUCGAUCUCCAGGCCAUGGCGCCGUUACCGGGGGUAACCCAGAUACAGGGUGAUAUCACUAAGAAAUCAACAGCGGAGGAGAUAAUAAGUCAUUUUGAAGGGAAGCAGGCUGACUUGGUGGUGUGUGACGGGGCGCCCGACGUGACUGGACUUCAUGAUAUAGAUGAAUACAUUCAGGCUCAGCUGUUACUGGCUGUCUUAUUUUUGGUGUUGUAUUUUCAGAUAUUCCGUGGAAAAGACGUCACUCUGUUGUAUUCCCAGCUGAAGAUCUUCUUCCCCCUUGUGACAAUUUACAAACCUAGAAGUAGUCGCAAUUCCAGUAUUGAAGCCUUCGUUGUGUGUCAGAGCUACAGUCCCCCGGCUGGUUACGUUCCUAACAUGUCAAACCCACUGUUAGACCAUCAGUACGAUGUCGAUUAUAACAACUUGGAAGGAGUGAAUCGUGUUAUUGUCCCGUUCCUAGCAUGCGGCGAUCUCACCGGGUUCGACUCAGACAAGACAUACCCUCUAGAGCUGGAUGGCGGUCAGAGUUACAAGUACCACCCUCCGAACCAGGAGCCCAUCAAACCUCCGUACGAAGAGGCCUGCAGACUGAGGAAGCAGGAUCUCCUCGCCAAGCCGGCACACAGAUGUAAGGACGAGGAUCCAGAUAACGAAGGAGAGUCUGCAAAGAGUGUUGAGGGAGCCAAGAGUGUUGAGAGAGAUCAAUCUUCUAUGAGUGUUGAGAGAAACAACUCUUCCAAGAGUGUGGAGAGAGAGACAGUUUCUAAGAGUGUUGAGGGAGCCAAGAGUGUUAUGGCAGAUGAAUCUCCCAAAAGUGUUGAGGGAGACAAUACUUCCAAGAGUGUUGAGGGAGACAAUACUUCCAAGAGUGUUGAGGAAACCAAUACUUCCAAGAGUGUUGAGGGAGCCAAGUGUGUUGAGGGAGACAAUACUUCCAAGAGUGUUGAGGGAGACAAUACUUCCAAGAGUGUUGAGGGAGACGAUACUUCCAAGAGUGUUGAGGAAACCAAUACUUCCAAGAGUGUUGAGGAAACCAAUACUUCCAAGAGUGUUGAGGAAACCAAUACUUCCAAGAGUGUUGAGGGAGCCAAUACUUCCAAGAGAGUUGAGGGAGCCAAGUGUGUUGAGGCAGGAGCCAAAGGUGUUGAGGGAGAUGAUUCUCCCAAAAGUGUUGAGGUAGACCAGACUUCCAAAGGUUUUGAAGGAGACAAGAUUUUAACAAGUGUUGAGUGUGUCAACGAAGAACUAAAACAUCUUGAACAGUUGAAAAUAGACUCUAGCUGAUGCAUAACAAAAUAUUAAAAUAUUAUAAUGUUUUAAUUAUGGGAAAUCUUAUCCUGGAUUUUUAUUCAUAGCAGAUACAGUCCAGUGGAUGUACAAUCAUUUAUUAUAUAACAUUUAGUGAAAUAUCUUAAAAUAUCAGUGAAAUAAAAGUGUUAUUUCACUAUUUCACUCUGA